AUUGGCAACACUGCUUACUUACGAGUGACCAACUUAAGAAUUGAAAAUUCCCCGUGUGUUGUAUGUUGGAGACGCCAUUUGCCAAAUAUCCAGAGGGCUACAAGCGAAAAGAAAUUGAAUUACUUAUGAGAAAAAGCAUUCUCCAACAGCGAGGAUUGGACCACUAUAAAUUAAGUGCUCUAAUAAGAAAUCAUGGACUCCGAAGACUCACAUGAUGCAUCAUCAGGAGAUGAGAGCAAAGAGGCUCAAAGUCCAGUAAGCAAUAGAAGCAGAUCUGGAAGUGGGCCUGCAUCCCCACACAGUGGUCCUCAGUCCCCAGCAAGUCCCCAAAGUGGACCUGACUCCCCUGCCAGUGGCAAAAACAAUGCCAAAUCCAGAUCCAGAUCUAGUUCAUAUGAAGAUGACAGAUCAAGGUCUAGAAGCAGGCCUAAAACCCCUAAAUCACCGGCCAAUGAGUCCCUAAAAAGUGGGCCUCAGUCCCCAGCUUCACCAAGAAACAGAUCAGCCAGCAAUGGUCCUCGUUCCCCAUCGCCAGCGAACUCUUCACGAAGUAGUUCAGCUGCAAGCGCAGCUCGCGGAGAUAAUUCGGACGACGACAGACAUUCUUCAAAGUCCGGAAGUAGCGCGAGCAGCAAAAAAUCCAAAUCCGGUUCGGCCGGUCGGUUCAGCAGAAAUUCGCGUCGAUCGAGUUCAUCGGAAAGAUCAAGAAGAACGAGAAAUCGAAGAAAAUCCGACGGGAAUUCGUCAGAUUCCACUGACAGCAGCGUGGAUUCUUCGAGCAGGAAGAACAAGAAUAUCGGGAAGUCUGCCGACACGCAACCGGAAGCGAUUUCCGACGGGGACAUGGAAUCCGACCAGGAAAAAGACGUUAAACCGGCGGAAAAAAAGGAAAAGCCGGCGCAACAAGAAAUAAACAUUUCUCACGAGGAUUUAUCGGACGUUUCCGAUUUGGACGAAUCGAUCGGAGGACACUCGUUCGAAAGCGGCAAGGAGGACAAAGGUGACGACGCCAAAGAUAAAAACGACGACAGUCAGGGAUUCGACGAGGUAAAGAAGGCGAGCGAGAAAAACAGCAGGGCGGAAGAGGGCGAAGAGCAGCUGGACUUCGAAGCUGAGGACGGCGAAUGCGGCGAGAUCGAGUCCACGAAGGAGCCGGAAGAUAAAACAACGGACAAAAAACUCGACGCGGAGCGGGAGGAAGGCGAAGAGAAGGAAGAGCCGAAGGAAGAAAAGGAGAAGGAGGAAUUGGAGGAGGGAGAAGUGAGCGAUGAAGACGACGUCAGACCGGAGGAAACCGAGCCGCGACCGGUUUGCAGGUUUUUCUCGAGAGGUCAGUGCACCUGGGGGGCGAGUUGCCGAUUUUUGCAUCCGGGCGUCACCGAUAAGGGUAACUACACCAUGUUCGAAAUGAUACGGCCGGUGGUGCCGGGCGAGUUUGGCAGGGCCGACGAGAGGAUGUUCGGCAAACCGGAGCCGCCGCCGGUGGAGUCCGCAUGGGAGAGAGGUUUGCGCACAGCCAAGGAAAUGCUGAGGAAGUCCGUGAAACGGAAAGAGCAAGAUAUCGAUUUCGAGGAGAAAAAGCUGAACCUUAGCUUGGCGCAGGAGGAGUUCGACAAAGAAAACGGGUAUUACGGUAGAGGUUUGUCUCCCGAACCGAGAUACGUGCGGCACAUUCCGGCCGAGUAUCCCCCCAUCGCCAGACCGCCCCCCGAAGAGUAUUACGGAAGGAGACAGGUUGUGUACGAGCCGGACUACGUGGUGCCGCCGCCGCCUCAAAGGGAAAGGGUGCGGUCCUAUAGAGAGCUGCCGUCGCACAGGAUGCCCGAUUUUUACAACAACAAGUACGAGGAGGAGGCGGCGGCGGCCGCGAGCAAAAGGCCGCGCCCCAAGCGGGAGGUUAUCGUGCAAAGGGUGGAGGAGAGGCCUGGGAGGGCCGACGACUGGUCGGAUCCGUGGAUGAGAUCGAAAUCGCCGGGGAGGAGGAAAGAGGGUGCGGGCGGUGGCGGCGGAGGUGGUGCUGGAGGUGGAGGUGGAGGUGGUGCUGGCAGAAAGCGAUCCUACAGUUCAGGAUCUAGCUAUUCUUCAAGCAGUUCGUCAAGUCGUUCUUCGGACUCGACCCGAAGCAGUUACAGAUCGCGAUCGAGAUCGUCGCACAGACGCGGAAGGUCCCGAUCGAGGAAGGGGAGACCCGUGUCGCCAUCUGUAAUAGUUUCGGAGAGAAAAGCGGCCAACGAGAGAGCGGCCGCCAUGAAUCCGCCAGCGCCGAAACGUAGAGCACCCUCUCCAAGUAUGAUGAGAGUCGCAGCCGCAAAUCCUCCCGCUCCUUCCUCGAAGGAAGAUCAGUUCGGCAGAAACAGGAAACUGGCAGCCGCAAUAGCGCGAGUCAAACGGGGCAGAAGGUCGUCGAAAUCGUCUUCGGGCAGUUCGGAUUCCAGCUCGAGCGAUUCGGAUUCGUCCGGCUCCAGCAGCUCAUCCAGCAGGGAUGCAUCGCCUCCUCGUAGAGGACCAGGUGUGGAUCUUUCGAUAGUAAAAGCUAUGGACGCCAUAAAAGGUAGCGCUUCGGACAAGGGCCGAAUCAAGUUGAAUCUGAAGCACCCGGUGGGUGCAAGAAAGGAGUUGGCCGAGUUGGCCAGGAAGGCGGAGGCUGCGCAGAGCAAGAAACGCGCAGCCGCCUCGCCUCCGCCAAAUGACCCGAAAUCGAAGAAGGCCACUUCCAGGAGGGAAGAACUGCUGAAACAGCUGAAGGCGGUAGAGGAUGCGAUUGCAAAAAAAAGAUCAAAAGUAAAUUAAUACGUUUAUUAUUCGGGUUGAAUUGUUGAAAGUAAUUAUUUGACAAUGUGAUAUCACAUUUAGAAAUGUAUUCCUCUGGUGUGUCAGGUUUCUAGAUGUUUUCAAGUUAGACAUAGUCCGGCUGGAGUAUUGUAAAUGUAACAUUGUGACGUUUAGGAAUCAUCAAUUAUAAAUGUUAGCAGUGACUUUUAGCAGAGUCCUUUUUGUCAAUGUAACUUAGUUAGGUGCUUUGUUAGUUUACAUGUAUAUGACUGACUUAAAAUGUUUAUUUACUUAUAUUGUAAGUACAUAAAUAAAAAUUGUGUGACGAAUUAUCAAAUAUUAGAUAUCUAAGAUCUAAGAUAUUUUUUAUUAUAAUUUUUCAUGCAAGGUUAUUUUUAAUUAAUCUUUCUUUUAUAAAAUUAUACACAUUAGCUAUGUUUAAGAAAAUAAAUUUGAACUUCUACACCAGUUUUAUUAUUAUUCCCAUUUUAUUCCAUAAACAAACAAG